AUGAGGGUCAAUAUUGGGCUCCUAGUGCCCUUGAUGGCACAAUACUCCGCACCCAUAUGGGCUACUUUAGUUGCUGGGUUCUUCAUGCUGCUUGCGCUUUCACUCUCCAUGUACCUAAUAUUUGAGCAUCUCUCAGCAUACAACAAUCCAGAGGAACAGAAAUUUGUACUGGGUGUUAUUCUCAUGGUCCCUUGCUAUGCAAUUGAGUCGUAUAUUUCUUUGAUAAAUCCAAAUACAAGUGUUUACUGUGGCAUCCUACGUGAUGGUUAUGAAGCAUUUGCAAUGUACUGCUUUGGAAGAUAUAUUACUGCAUGUUUAGGUGGGGAAGAUAAAACAAUAGCUUUUUUGAAGAGGGAAGGUGGCUCUGGUUCUGGGCAGCCUCUACUGCAUCAUGCAUCUGAGAAGGGAAUCAUACACCAUCAUUUUCCUGUAAAUUUUGUAUUGAAGCCCUGGAGAUUGGGGACACGGUUCUACCUGAUUAUCAAAUUUGGAAUCUUCCAAUAUGUGAUCAUAAAAACCCUCACAGCUACAUUAUCUCUUCUUCUAGAACCUUUUGGUGUUUAUUGUGAUGGAGAAUUCAAUUUACGAUGUGGGUACCCUUACUUUGCUGCAGUUCUCAACUUUAGUCAAUAUUGGGCCCUGUACUGUCUAGUAGCAUGGUAUACAGCUACCAAGGACGAAUUGGCACCUAUAAAGCCUCUGGCUAAAUUUCUUUCUUUCAAAUCGAUAGUAUUCUUGACUUGGUGGCAAGGUGUGGUGAUUGCAAUAAUGUAUGCUUUGGGCCUUCUUAGAAGUCCUUUAGCCCAGAGCUUGGAGUUAAAAUCAAGCAUUCAAGAUUUCAUUAUUUGCAUAGAGAUGGGCAUUGCUUCAGUUGUUCACCUCUAUGUGUUCCCAGCCAAGCCCUAUGCACUCUUAACUAAUCAGUCACCUGGAAACAUUUCUGUACUUGGGGACUAUGUGUCCUCUGACCCUGUGGACCCUUUUGAAAUUAAGGAAAGCAACCGGCCUACCAAAAUGAAGCUUCCACAGUUGGAACCAGAUGAGAGAAGCGUGACAAACAUAAAAGAAAGUGUUCGGGACUUCGUUGUCGGCAGUGGAGAAUAUGUGAUCAAGGAUUUCAAAUUCACUGUUAACCAAGCAGUGCGGCCAGUGGAGAAGCGCUUUGAUAAAUUGAUGAAAAGGAAUGAUAAGCGUAAGAAAAGCCAGGAUGACAACUGGGUGAGUGCAGCAACACCAGAGAGACCUGUUCGUGGGAUUGAUGAUCCAUUAUUAAGCGGAAGCACUAGUGACAGUGGUGUCACAAAGGGCAAAAAACAUCGCAGAGUUAUGAGCUCAGCUGCUACUGCGGACAGCUGGGGAGGUGGUGAUCAAGCUUCUGAUGGAUAUGAGAUCAGGGGUCGCCGCUGGGCUGUAAAAAGCUAA